ACGCUGGGUAGUUCCCACUGCCCUGACCGCUCGUUGUGUGUAUAGUGAAUGCAUCCGGACCCCGGCCUUGAUGAGCAAUCGGUACGCCCUUUACAGCAGGCAUUGUCAACCGGGGUUUCGAGAGGCACGGGGGACACUGAUGAGCAUCUAUAAGAAAGAGUACUCUCUCGACGAUCCUUCAGCUGUCAACUCUCGAAACAAAUGAGCAUCAGAUUCCACACUCCACGCCCACUGUCGCUACUCCACCCGUUUCAGCAUGGCAACUCCCGGCCCCGAGCCCGUGACCAAGAUUAAGCACAUCAGCUCACACGGCAGCAACCAUGAUGGCUGCAUCGCAGACCAAGAGAAGGCCGAGACCACCCAAGAUGUCACCGACGAGGAGUCCGGGAACCCGUCCCCUCCCCCGGCCCAGCUUCAGCGUUGGAAUGGGACCACCGGCAACGUCCUUCGCUUCUUCUCAACCCUCUAUUGUUUCAUCCUGAUGGGCAUGACAGACGGUGCUGUCGGCGCCCUGCUUCCCUAUAUCGAAUCCUACUACCACAUAUCUUACACCGUGGUCUCCCUCGUCUUCCUCUCCCCCUUCGUGGGGUACGUCCUGGCCGCGGCUCUCAACAAUUUGAUUCACCACCAUUUCGGCCAGCUCGGCGUCGCCAUCCUAGGCCCUGUCUCCCGGCUGGUGGGCAUCAUCCCGCUAGUCUUCCACCCUCCUUACCCAGCCCUUCCCAUCGUCCUCCUAUUCACCGGCUUCGGCAACGGCAUCGAGGACUCGGCCUGGAACGCCUGGAUCGGCAACAUGCACCGCGCCAACGAACUGCUGGGCUUCCUGCAUGGCGCUUACGGUCUGGGCGCCACCAUCGGCCCGCUCAUCGCUACCGCCAUGGUCACCCGCGGCGGGCUGGAGUGGUACACGUUUUACUACGUCAUGAUUGGCCUUGACGGGCUGGCCUUCUUCCUGCUCGUGCCGGCCUUCUGGCGCGCCACGGGCAAGGUGCAUCGCGAGAUGCACAUGGCUAGCACGGGGGGCAAGAGGACGACAACGCGGACGGUACUGCGCUCGCCCGUCGUGUGGCUGGUGGCCAUGUUCUUGCUGGGUUAUGUCGGCGCCGAGGUGUCGCUGGGCGGGUGGAUCGUGACUUUCAUGCUCAAGGUGCGGGACGCCGAGCCGUUCCUGGCGGGGCUGACGGCAACCUUCUUCUGGCUCGGCCUGACGGUCGGCCGGGUCGUGCUCGGGUUCGUGACGGGCCGCAUCGGCGAGAAGCUGGCCAUCACUGUGUACCUGCUGCUGUCGGUCGCGCUGCAGCUGCUGUACUGGCUGGUGCCCAACUUUGCCGCCUCGACCACCUUUGUCACCUUCCUCGGCUUUUUCCUGGGCCCGCUGUUCCCGGCCGCCAUCGUGGCUGCCACGAAGCUCCUGCCCAGCGACUACCAUGUGUCGGCCAUUGGGUUUGCCGCGGCGUUUGGCGGUGGCGGCGCCGCGCUGUUUCCCUUCGCGGUCGGGGCCAUUGCGCAGAGCAAGGGCGUCGAGGUGCUGCAGCCGAUUUGCUUGGCCAUCUUGGUGUUCAUCCUGUUGAUGUGGUGGAUGCUACCUGGCGGUUUGAGGAUGGGCGGGUUGGAGAAGGCGAGGGAUAAUGAUGAGAGGGUUGGUGAUGAUUUUAAAAAGGCAGUUGGGUGGCUGACGGGGAGGUCGCGGGCUAAGACCGGGUGAUCUAAUUAUGAUAGACGGAUGUACAUACUGGUGCUGCUCCAAGCUGUUUGUUCUUAGCUCGGCGAGACGGAGAACUGAGUCCAAUGGGAGCAUUGUUGAGGUACGCAAAUGUUUAUAGAAGCCGAGGUCAUGAAGGUGCCGGUAAUCUUGGAUUCUACCUUUGGUACAAACUGAAGUCAACAGCAAAUCAGUGACG